AUGCUUCUCACCACCCUUGCCGCCUCCCUCCUCUCGGCCUCGGCCCUCGCUUGCGCCGAUCACAACUACCAUCGUCAGAUGAAGCGGGCGGAGAACUCUACCGGCAUGGCAUGGUCCUACGAAGCGUCCUACGACUGGGGACGUCUCUCUGAGGAUUACGUCCUCUGCCAGGACGGCACGCAGCAGGCGCCCAUCCCUCUCCGGCUCGACCAAGGUCUCUCCCUAUCCCACAUCCUCCACUUUGACCGGUACAACUUCAACCAGUCCGGUGUCUUCCGCAACUGGGGCUACGGGCCAGCCAUGACCUUCUCCCAUCCCGAAGGCAACUACACCUCCCUCCCCUCCUUCACGUUCGAGGACUCUGGCGUCAACGAGACGGUCUACAUGACCGGCUGGCACAUCCACGCGCCCGGAGAUCAUACCGUCCAGGGGGCUCGGUCCAAGGCGGAGAUGCACUUUGUCCACGUCAACACCAAGGGCGCACCCCGCGCCGUCCUGGCCUUCCGGAUCGACCCAGGAAACGCCGACUCUACCUUCUUCACCAACCUCCCCCCUAUGAUCUCUUACCGGGAUAUCAACAAGACUAUGGACUCGCAGAUCAACCCUCAGGUUGCUAUCAACGAGGUGGCUAGGUUUAACGAGUUCUGGACUUACCGAGGUAGUCUCACCUCUCCUCCCUGCACGGAAGGCAUCCGCUUCUUCAUGGCUCGUCAAAUCCUCUUCACCGGCGUCCAGCAGAUGCGCAAUCUCCUUCGGGUCAGCCACUACUCGGCGCGGGCAGAGCAGCAGGUGUGGCAACAUCAGAUCAACGUGUAG